AUACUCUAAAUCCCAAAAUAAAAAAUGCAAAAGAAGAGUAGUUAAUUUAUUAGUUGAUUCACUCUUCCCUUCCAUUCGGUUAGUUUGUUAGUAGAGUUGCGAAGAUGCCUACCGAGGAUGAAGAGAUCGGUAACGCACCUGGCACCGCCGUGCCUGUCCUGACUAGCAGUUCCAGCAACAACCCAAGACGACCGGGACGAAGAGCAGAUCCUUUCCUCAUUGUCUGUAGGUGUUUCAGUUUGAUUACCGCCAUAGCUGUAAUUCUCUGCAUCUCCGUCAAUGUCCUCUCCGCUAUUCGCUCAUUCAGAAACCCUAACUCCAUUUUCGAUGGCAUAUUUCGCUGUUACGCCGUUAUCAUUGCGGUUUUUGCGGUUCUUGCUGAGACUGAAUGGAGCUUCAUUAUGAAGUUCUGGCAGAUUCUGGAGUAUUGGGCAGCUAGAGGUAUGCUGCAGAUAUUCGUGGCAGUGAUGACCAGGGCUUUCCCUGACUAUAAUGGGGAGCGAAAAGAUCUAGUUAUUCUUCAAAACAUUGCAUGCUAUUUGCUUAUUUCUUGUGGCCUAGUUUACGUUGUCUCGGGAAUCCUUUGCGUCGGUUUUCUAAAACGUCAUCUCCAGAAGAAGGAGAUCACUAGAGAGCAAGCAGCCAAGGAUCUUGCGGAGUUGGAACGGCGUAGAGAAGAACUUGAAUCACUGCUUGUGACAGAAUAGGUUUGAAGGUUUGAAAAUAGAGGCUGGUUGUUACAGAAUAGGUUUGAAGGUUUGAAAUUAGUGCUGUAAUUGUCUAAUUACAUGGUGAAGACUGAAGAGACCACUGAAGCAAACUUGACCUAUGAAUGUCUGUGUUGUUUUGGUUGCCAUAUUGUUUGUUCAUUCUACGAAGCAAUUAAGUUACAUUCUUUUAGGUGCAUAAUUGAUCUAUUUUGUGUAAAAAUGUAAAGGUGAUAUUCGAUAUGGUGUUUCAACUUUUGAUUCAUGUGGAAAUGGAGUUAACAUCUUCGCUGCCUA